GGACGCGCGCUCCCGCCUGGAAGCUGUGGGCAUGGUGGCCCCUGUGGUGUACCUGGUAGUGGCGGCUCUGCUUGUCGGCCUAAUCCUCUUCCUGCAUCGCAGUCGGGGCCGAGCGGCAGCAGCCAGCCAAGAGCCACUGCACAAUGGAGAAGAACCGGUAGUAGCAGGCCGAGUGGCCCAGCCUCGGUCCCUGGAGCAUGAGGAGCAGAGGACUGGAGGUAGACCCCGGCGCCGCAGGGACCUGGGCAGCCGCCUACAGGCCCAGCGUCAGGCCCAGCGGGUGGCCAGGUUGGAGGUGGAUGAGAAUGAGGAGGAGGCCGUCGUCCCAGCCCACGAGGAAGAAGACAGUGAGAAGCCAGUGGAAGCUCACCCGUCAGGGAAAAUUGGAGCCAAGAAACUACGGAAAUUGGAAGAGAAACAAGCACGAAAAGCCCAGCGCGAGGCAGAGGAGGCUGAACGUGAGGAGCGGAAACGCCUUGAGUCCCAGCGUGAGGCAGAGUGGAAGAAGGAGGAGGAGCGGCUUCGGUUAGAGGAGAAGCAGAAGGAGGAGGAGGAGAGGAAGGCCCGGGAGGAGCAGGCCCAGCGGGAGCAUGAGGAAUACCUGAAACUGAAGGAGGCCUUCGUGGUGGAGGAGGAGGGCGUGGGCGAGAACAUGACUGAGGAACAGUCCCACAGCUUCCUGACAGAGUUCAUCAACUACAUUAAGCAGUCCAAGGUUGUGCUCUUGGAAGACCUGGCUUCCCAGGUGGGCCUGCGGACUCAGGACACCAUAAACCGCAUUCAGGACCUGCUGGCGGAGGGGACUCUGACAGGUGUGAUUGACGACCGGGGCAAGUUCAUCUACAUAACCCCGGAGGAACUGGCUGCUGUGGCUAACUUCAUCCGACAGCGGGGCCGGGUGUCCAUCACCGAGCUUGCCCAGGCCAGCAACUCCCUCAUCGCCUGGGGCCAGGAGGCCCCUGCCCAGGCCCCAGCCUGACCUAGGCCUUUCCUCUUGGACUCAGAGCUGGCACAGCCUACUUGACCAUACAUCUUUAUCCCUCUCCACCAUCCUGGGGCAGUGAUGGAGUGUGGCCAGGCAGUUCUAGAUUAAAGGCCUGUGAGCACUGCUGA